AUGACAGCACAACAACAUGAGAGGCAUCGCCCCGAUCGUCUCGGCGUCAUUCGUACACUCAAGCGCAUCGUUCAAACACACGACACGCUCCAAUGCAUAUCCUUUUUCUUCUUUGCCCAUCGUCACAAAGCUUCUUCCUCCUCCUCCCAUAACGAUGCCACCGAUGAGUACUACAUUGCAGUCAUUCGACGAUAUAACGAGGCUUGUAUCCUCUUGUUCAAAGGUCAACCUGGCAGCAUACCACCCAUUGUACUCCAUAUCAUACCCGUAUACGAGAGCUUCCAUUAUACAAUCGCACAAGCAGCUGUCAAUGUCAAGGGGGCAUGUCCAGCAUUUCGCGUAUCUCUUUAUGCGCAGCAUGGAUCCAAUCCAGUGAGCGACGUCCUGUUUCCAGCAAAGGAGGAUAUGAUGACCUUUUUAUCCAACAUUAAAGCCGUGAUUGAUCUUGCUCGCAAAAACAAACUUGCAGUUACAGGAACAUCCCAUCAUUGGACGAACGCCUACUCGCAAUAUUGCUUGGAAGAAGAUGAUCAUCGAUCCAUGACAACAACAACAACAAAUACGAAGACCAUCUCCAGUGUACUGCCCCAUGUGCUUCCAUGGCUUGACAGCGACCCAAGUCCUUGCCGAUCGAAUCUUUCACGUACCACGAGAUCACCAAACCAAAUGUUAACAGGCAAUGCAGCAAAACGACAUUGGCUGAAUACGAGGCUGGUUGCUCGGCAGGAUGAAUUUGUCACAUGGGACACAUCAAGGAUUUUUGCUGGUACAUACAAUGUCCAUGGCCGGUUACCAACAAUGUCUUUGAAGCCAUGGCUUGCUGCGAACGCAGAUUUUGAUCCGGAUUUUUAUGUCAUUGGGCUCCAGGAAAUGGAGAGUGGAAAGGAUGCCUAUGUACGAUACGACCCUGCAAAGGAAAAUGCGUGGGUAAAGGCCAUCUUCAAGGCUUUGGGAGACAAAUCAGAGGAAUACUACAAGGUUGCCACACAGCAGCUCGUGACCAUCUUGAUUGUUGUGAUCGCCAAAAAGAAACAUCAACGUUUCAUCACGGAUGUGGAUACCGCGUAUGUUGGCGUUGGGCUUAUGAACAUGAUGGGCAACAAAGGAGGAGUGGGCAUCCGGUUUCGUUUCCAUGACAGCUAUCUUUGCUUCGUUGGGUGCCAUCUUGCUGCCUUCACUGACCAAAUCGAUCGUCGUAAUCAAGAUUUUAUCGAAAUUUGCAAACGUCUCACGUUCACCCAGCAACCUGAUCCGCUCAUCGAUUACGUCAAGUAUUCCUGGAAUGAUGCUGAUGAUGAAGGAAUGGCUCUUUUGGAUGAUCAAGGUGUUGCGCGUGAUUGGUCCCUUGAAGGAUCUGUUUUUCAUUCCGACCACCUCAUUUGGCUUGGUGACUUGAACUAUCGAAUCAACUUUCCAGAGCCAGAGAUCAAGUCAUGCCUCCGAAAGGGUCAAUUGGAUACGCUCGUAGCAGCUGACCAGCUGGCGAUUGAGCGGAAAGAUGGCCGAGCAUUCUCCAUGUUUGAUGAAGGCAAACUCAAUUUCCAGCCCACGUACAAAUAUGAUGCAGGCACGAAUAUGUAUGAUUCGAGUGCCAAACGACGUGCCCCCGCUUGGACAGAUCGCAUUUUAUGGAGGAAGGAUCGCACCCAACCAUCGACUCGAAAUGACGUUGCCCGGCAACCAACAAUCAAGCUUAUGCAUUAUGACAGCUGUAUGGACAUGUUAUUGAGUGACCAUAAACCGGUGUAUGCUCAUAUGGAAAUCAAGGUUCGGAAAAUCCAUAGCAACGACUAUGAGAGAUGCGAGAAGGCGUUGAAGCAACAACUAUCGGCCAGCAAUGGAAGGAGCAGUAAUACCGGGCAAUGCCAGCUAUCCACUGCCUUUGUACAAUUCGAUGACGUUCAUUUCAUGGAAUCCAAAGAGAUGACGAUUGAGCUUGAGAAUACUGGAGAUACAUUGACAUCGUUUGGAUUCGUUCCCAAAGUGGAUGAUGGUGAAGAACAAGAGCAAGUAUGUCCACCAUGGCUUCAAAUUCAUCCAAUCACUGGUGUUUUGGCUCCUAGUGAGAAGACCAUGCUGUAUUUGCGCAUAUGGGUGGAUCCUGCUGUGUCUGCUCCGCUCAAUGAAGGGAAUCAACAAAUCGACACCGUGCUUGUGCUACGACUGGAGAAUGGCAAAGAUUUAUACAUUGUGGUCAAAGGCAGAUACAUUCCCACAUGCCUUGGUAUACAUUUGGAUCGAUUGGCCCUGAUGUCAUUGCCUGUAUCAUCUAUGAACAAUCACCUUGACCCCAGCAAGAAGAACAACCAGGCAACAAUAGACAACGCUUCCACUCAGCAAGCGACAUUACCAAAGGAGCUCUGGCGUGUGCUCAACUAUUUGUGGAACAAGAGUAUGCUAUCUAUUGAUACCCUAUUUUUGCAGCAUGGUGAUCCUACCAUUUGCGAUUAUAUCCGGCGAUGUCUUGAUACUGGCAACGCACUUGAUACGACGAUCCUGCUCAACAAGAGUGAUCCUUCUUCGUCAGCUGAUGAGAUUGCUGCCAAUUCGAUGGUUGAUGUGCUUGUUGCGUUUCUUGAAUGUUUACCAGAGCCUGUGAUACCAACAGCGUUAUAUGAGCUUGCAUUGGAAGCCAGUGAUUCAUCACAAGCAAUGGUCGAGUUAAAGGAUAGAUUACCCUACAUUCAUCUCAAUGUGUUGUUGUAUAUUGCAAGCUUUCUAAAGGAUGCCAUCCAACUUGCCCCUGAUACUGUACGACAAGAGCGCACGUGCCACAUUGUGCAAAUGUUUACCAUAGUGCUACGACCACCACCCCUUUACAAGCAACAGAACCCCCAAUUAGCCCAACAAAAAGCAUCACGAUUCAUCCUUCGACUUUUGCAUUAA